AUGAGGAUUGGACGUUGUUUCGCUUUCAUCCGGAUCGAUCUCAUCCGCGACGCUGUGCCUAAGCUCGCGAGUCACGGCCAAGGACACUUCACAAUCUUGCAGAGGAGGAUCUUCGCAACCUCAUCACGCUCCAACAUGGCGUCUUCGGCUACUCCAGAGACCAUCAUGAUUGAUGGCAAGAAAUACAGGCACGUCCGCGAAGGCCUAGCUUCAGUACUUGCUCCCUAUGCAGAGGAAUUGCCCUCGUCAGCCAAACACUCCAAAAACAACGAUGAGGGUAGCCAGGCCGUCUUCUACAAUCCCAUCCAACAGUUCAACCGAGACUUGACCGUCCUUGCAAUCAAAGUCUAUGGCGAAGGUGCUCUGGUGGAGAAGCAGGCAAGAGUUACUCAAAAGAACCAGCAUGCGAAAAGAAAGAAGGCCGCCAAAAAACUCAAUGUCCCACCAGCCACUCAAGUCGAUGAUGACGCCAACAAGGAAUCGGAGCAGCCUAAUACUCGAAAGCGCAAGGCUGAUCACUUGGAAGAUCUAGUGGGCGAUGAUAAGCCGGAAGAGUCUGUAAAGAAGGCCAAAGCUAACGGACACGACGAAGAUGACGAAGAACCGCUUGUUGCUGAGAUAAGUGCUGAUCCUGCGGGUAACGCGACUGGAGGAGAAGGGCAGCAACCAAAGACUAAUGGGCAUUCAGGGGCUGCCGAAUCUGGAGGCAGCCCUCCUGCAGUCUCAAGGAAACAACUUCCCUUUUCUAUUUUGGAUGCCCUGUCUGCAACAGGCCUUCGAGCAUUGAGGUAUGCCAAAGAAAUACCGUUUGCAACCACCAUUGUCGCAAAUGAUCUCUCUCCGGCAUCGGUCGAGAGCAUUGAACUCAACAUUAAACAUAACGAAGUCAGAGAGAAAGUCCGGUCCAACCUUGGUGACGCUCGGUCUUUCAUGUAUAGCAAAGUUGGCAACGAGCAGUUGAGACCUGCGGAAGGAUAUGUACAUCGCUAUGAUGUGAUCGACAUUGACCCGUAUGGGACAGCAGCUCCUUUCUUCGACUGCAGUCUUCAGGCAAUCCAGGAUGGUGGGCUGCUUUGUAUUACCUGCACGGAUGCUGGUGUUUUUGCUUCGACAGGCUAUCCUGAAAAGACAUUCGCUCUGUAUGGUGGAAUUCCUAUCAAAGGGCCACAUUCGCACGAAGGCGGUUUGAGGCUGAUCCUCAAUGGAGUUGCGAUGUCUGCCGCAAAGUAUGGCCUUGCAAUCGAGCCCCUUCUGUCACUUUACAUCGACUACUAUGCUCGAAUCUUCAUUCGGGUCCACCGAAAGCAGCAGGAAGUGAAACUGUUAGCUGGUACUUCCAUGACCGUCUAUAACUGCGGUCAUGGCUGUGGAGCCUGGGUCACACAGCCUCUGCUUCGGAAUCAGCCACAGACGUCUAAAUCAGGCGACACAUUCUACAAAUUCUCAUUCGCCCAAGCACCGUCCACAAACCGGAACUGUGAGCAUUGUGGUUCAACGAUGCACCUGUGUGGUCCGAUGUGGUCAGGUCCCCUGCAUAAUCCGCACUUUGUUGAGAAGAUGCUCGAGAAGGCCCGAACCCUGGACAAGGACACAUAUGCCACUGUCGAUCGGAUUGAGGGAAUGCUUACUUUGGCCCUAGAGGAGGAUCUCAUGCCCAGUAACUCGGGCCUAGAUGCUGCAGCGGUCUCAGAGUCAAAGAACAGAGCUACGCCUGACUCGAGGUUAAUACCGCGACUUGCGACCAACAAGCCAGACGUUGCCCCAUUCUUUGUCAUGCCUACUUAUUUGGCAAAGAUAAUCCAUUGCGCCACACCUUCGGAAGAUGCGAUGAGAGGUGCCCUGCUUGGUCUCGGCUACAAAGUCUCCAGAUCUCAUUGCAAGCCCGGCAGUAUCAAAACGGACGCCCCAUGGCCCGUAUUGUGGGAAGUGAUACGAGAAUUCAUGCGGACAAAGGCACCUAUCAAAGUUGGGGCCGUGAGGAGGGGCACAGCAGGAUUCCAGAUCCUUGCGAGGGCUAGAGGGUCGGAGCGAGCUGUUGUGUCUGAAUUGAAGGACACCACAAGGGACCAGCUUCGGAGGUGCGAGACUAAGGACGACCUGAAAACUGUGCUGCAAGGGAUUUUAUAUCGACUGGAGAACGAGCAGUCGAUGUUUGAGACAAAGAGUGGCGAAUCAUCUGAGCCGAAAGGUGGUAAUGGAGAAGCGACAGCCCAAAAGGAGAGAUCACCAAACCGCAAUCGCACACGAUCCAGAAGUCCCCCACCUCUACCACUGAGCAAGCUGGAAAUUACGUUCGACGAGAAGCUGGGGAAGGAGAAGUCUCGCGGCAAGUUAGUAAGGUACCAGAUGAAUCCGAGGGAGAAUUGGGGUCCGAUGAGCCGAGCUGGAAGGACUUCAUAA